CAACAAACUCUGUGACUUGAUCUCCCAAAAUCCAAACCUGAGAUCCUCUGCAGUUUCUUUUGUUACAACUACCCGCUUACCAAUAAUUAGAACUCCCUAGUCUUAGGGAUUCUUUAAUCAAAACUUUCAUUUAAAACCCAAUCUCCUCUUCUCCCCAUCUCUGUUCCAAAACUGCAGAAAAAGAAAAACGAAAGAAAAAAAAAAGGGAAAAAAAAUAAACCCAACAGAGAACAAGAGAAGGAGAGGGACGAGGUUUGGAUUUUCUUUUGGAUUUGGGGACCAAGAGUACUUUAGGGAUCAAGCCUAGCGACAGUGAUGACCUUCUGUCCUAUCACUCGCUCAGCUUCAGUUUAUUUAGUGAUUGUUUAUACAUAAGCUCUAGCAUGAGAUCUUGGGGCGGUUUCCUCUUUCUACUGUUCCUAAAUUUAGGGUUUUCUAUUGCAUCGGCCGCACAAUCAUGUCCAGCUAACCUUGAGGCCAAGUGUGAUGGCGAUUCUUGGGAAGGUGAAUUCUUUCCUGAAAUUCCGAAAAUUAAGUAUGAGGGUCCGAAAAGCACGAACCCACUUUCAUAUAAGUGGUAUAAUGCAGAUGAGGAGAUCCUUGGAAAGAAAAUGAAGGAUUGGCUGAGGUUCAGUGUUGCCUUCUGGCAUACAUUCCGCGGCACUGGAGCUGACCCAUUCGGUGCUCCCACAAAGCAAUGGCCAUGGGAGGAUGGUACAAAUUCAGUGGCAAUGGCCAAAAGAAGAAUGAGAGCAAACUUUGAGUUCAUUGACAAGUUGGGAGUUGAUAGGUGGUGUUUUCAUGAUAGAGAUAUUGCCCCUGAUGGUAAAACAAUUGCUGAGUCAAAUGCAAAUUUGGACGAAGUAGUUGAACUUGCAAAGGAACUUCAGGGGACUAGGAUCAAACCACUUUGGGGGACAGCCCAGUUGUUCAUGCAUCCCCGCUACAUGCAUGGUGCUGCUACUAGCUCUGAAGUAGGAGUAUAUGCUUAUGCUGCAGCCCAGGUCAAAAAAGCCAUGGAGGUUACACACUAUCUUGGAGGAGAGAACUUUGUUUUCUGGGGUGGUCGAGAAGGGUACCAAACUCUGUUGAACACAGAUAUGCAAAGAGAACUUGAUCACUUGGCUAGAUUUCUUCAAGCAGCGGUUGAGCAUAAAAAGAAGAUUGGAUUCAAUGGUACUUUACUGAUUGAGCCCAAACCACAAGAACCUACAAAGCACCAAUAUGACUGGGAUGCUGCGACAUCAUUCGCUUUCUUGCAAAAGUAUGACCUUGUAGGAGAAUUCAAACUGAAUAUUGAGUGUAACCAUGCUACUCUAUCCGGUCACAGUUGCUAUCAUGAGCUUGAAACUGCUAGAAUAAAUGGAUUACUUGGAAACAUUGAUGCAAACACUGGGGACCCUCAGAUUGGUUGGGAUACAGAUCAAUUCCUUACGGACAUAGGAGAGGCCACUUUGGUUAUGUUAAGCGUGAUUAAGAAUGAUGGACUUGCGCCUGGUGGAUUCAACUUUGACGCAAAAUUGAGGAGAGAGAGUACCGACGUUGAGGAUAUCUUUCUUGCUCACAUCUCUGGAAUGGACACCUUGGCUCGUGGGCUAAGAAAUGCUGCCAAGCUGAUUGAAGCUGGUUCUCUUGAAGAGCUUCUUCGAAAACGCUAUCAGAGCUUUGACUUCGAGAUCGGAGCUUUGAUCGAGGCUGGGAAAGCUGAUUUUGCUACACUUGAGAAGAAGGCCGUGGAAUGGGGAGAACCAUCUGUUGCCUCGGGGAAGCAGGAACUUGCUGAGAUGAUAUUCCAGUCUGCUUUGUAAAGAUUGAACGGAGCUGGAAGCAGUGGAAGUUAGGAAGGAGGAAUUUAAUAAACUUUCAGUUUUAGAGGAGUGGACAUAAGUAGAGGGGCUUUAGCUUAAAUUAACGUGUCACGUUUGACAAAUAAAUGUACAUCUUGUUGAAAACAAUUUCGUUGGAUCUCCAAUAUCAAUGAGCUCCGCUGAAAAUAAAUAAGAAGUCUUUAUUACGAUA